GGAGUACUGUGUUUAUCUUCUGACUUCGGUCCUGCACGAUGAGAGCGAAUGGGAGAGCCCGAACUCCUUCAACCCUUCCCACUUUCUGGAUCAGGAGGGUAAAUUGAUCAGGCAUACAUGGCCUUUCUGUAGGUACAACAACUUUGACAGGAUUUUGUGUGUAAGGGAACAAGAUGGGACGCAGAAAAAAAAGUGGAGGGAGGCAGAAAGGACAAAGGAAAAAAGAAAAUCAUGCUAUUAUCAAUAGGUAUUACUGUUUUGGACCACCGCCCGGACAAAUAGGAGGAUGCUUGCCAGCGGCAGAUAAAUGAGCCUCCAGGACUAAGACCACUGCCUGUGUUUGGCAAUUUACUGCAGAUGAAUCUUAAGUCAACCCACACUACGCUGUAUGAGCUUUCCAAGAAAUAUGGAUCUGUGUUCACAGUGUAUUUUGGACCCCAGAAAGUGGUUAUCCUGGCAGGAUACAAGACCGUGAGGCAGGCACUGAUCAACUAUGCUGUGGAGUUUGGAGAGAGACACAUCUUUCCAUCAGGCAUUGACUUAAAUGGUUCACAUAGUAGAGGAAUCAUAUUUGCCAAUGGGGAAGUAUGGAAAGAGAUGAGGCGUUUUGCUCUGAGCAACCUGAGAGACUUUGGGAUGGGCAGAAAUGCAGCAGAGGAGAAAAUCAUUGAGGAGACUCAGUAUCUGAUCAAAGUGUUCGAAAGGCAUGACGGUAAACCCUUCAGUUUUACCCAGUCAAUAAACUAUGCAGUUUCCAACAUCAUCUGUUCAAUUGUCUAUGGCAGCAGAUUUGAUUACAGUGAUGCAGAAUUUACAAGUAUGGUAGACCGAGCCAAUGACAGCAUUCGACUGAUUGGCUCUCCUUCAGUACAGUUGUACAAUAUUUACCCCUGGAUAUUUCAAUGGGUGAGAAACAGGAUGCGCCUUAGGAAGAAUGUUGCUGAAAACCAGAAACAAAUAAAGCAGCUGAUUGGACGUUUACAAGAAACCUUGAAUGAUCAGAUUCGCAGAGGAUUUGUGGACUCAUUUCUGGCACACAAACAGAAUCUAGAGAAUUUAGGGAUUACAGACUCAUACUACAACAUAGAGAACCUUAUGACAACUGUUGGCAACCUCUUUUCGGCUGGUACUGAUACGACAGCAACUACACUGAGAUGGGGUCUGUUGCUCAUGGCCAAAUAUCCUCAAAUACAAGAUCAGGUCCAGGCGGAGCUGAGUAGGGUGAUUGGGACCCGUCAGGUAAAGGCAGAGGACAGGAUGAACCUGCCCUUCACUGACGCUGUCAUUCAUGAGACACAGAGACUGGCUAAUAUCCUUCCCACCUCUAUUCCUCACAUCACCAGCACAGAUCUGACUUUUCAGGGCUAUUUUAUAAGAAAGGGGACAGCUGUGAUUCCACUUUUGACAUCUGUUCUGUGGGAUGAAAGUGAGUGGGAGAGCCCACACACCUUUAAUCCUGCCCAUUUCCUGGACAAAGAUGGGAAGUUUCUCAUGAGAGAUGCCUUCAUGCCCUUCUCUGCAGGACGCAGGGCGUGUCCGGGAGAAAGUCUGGCUAAGAUGGAGCUCUUCCUCUUCUUCACCUCCCUCCUCCAGCGCUUUCGUUUCACUCCUCCACCUGGAGUCACAGAGGAUGAACUGGAUCUGACUCCGGCUGUGGGCUUCACCAUCGGCCCGACACCUCAUGAGCUGUGUGCUGUCAGUCGUGAGGCAUUUCAAAAUUAGUACACAAGCAUUGUCAGACACUUGUGCACAUUGGAAAGCUUUUGAGAUUUCAAUACCACUGAAAAAAGUAACACUGCUGUUCACUAAGAAAACAAGUUUAUUUGACACUUUUGAUUGAUAUAUUAGCAUUUCAUAUAUAAACUACUAUCUUUUGUCUCAUUUAAAUGUUAAUUCAGUUCAUCACUUGAGAUAAUGUUGUUUUCAAUCAAUUGAUUUUUAUUUACUGCAAUCACUAAAAACUUCCCAAAUAAUAGUUAAAGCAUCCAUGUCUUUUUCUGAUUUACUUGUCUGGCUGACAAUAAAAACAUGUCUGAUUGUGA